UAAAACUCAUUUGUUGAUAAACAAGAUAAACAGGAAAUAUCCUUAGAGAAGCAUUAUAAGUGUUAAUCAAGGAAUUAUUUUUAAACAUCCAGUGAUGAGAGAGUAGUUUCUUUCCAGCGUGUGUUUAAUUCGUGCAGUGACUCCUGUUCUUAAAUAUUAGAUUAGCUUCUAUCGAAUUUGUCUCUCCAUUAGGCCUAGUAUUAUUGAAUUUUUCUCUUAGCAAAUUAGCAGUCCACGUUAUAAUUAAUAAAUAUUCCUUUAACUUUACCAGUUGAGAUUCAAGAAUGGCUAGUUUAAAUGUAUCUGAUGUAAACCCAUUACCACCUGGCUGGGAUUGUAAAUAUGACAAUGUUUCAGGAAAGAGAUAUUAUAUCAACUAUUUUACACGACAUACGAGCAUGGAAGAUCCUAGAGUACAACAUACAGAAAAUAUUCCGCUGCAGGACUUCACAUCAGCAGCAAAUCAUCGGCUGGGUCUGAUGAUGGGAACCAAUUCUCUGAAACGUCAACAGAGCGCAGCGUCAGACAACAAGCAAGCAGCCACAGACCAGACUGUAGCUAAGAUAAGUUCGAUGUUUCCCACUGUCAGCGAAACACACAUCCGCACACUACUGCUCAAGUACCACAACCGUGAGGCCGUGGUUAUGAGUGCGUUGCAGGUGGAAAAACACCCGCUCACCACACCCGGACCCUACACGCCACCCAUGGGUGCCCGUACUCUCCCGGGGGUGGGGUUGUACGCUGUCACCCCUCCAAGCACCCCUAGAGCAGGGUUCCUCCCCCCUCGACUCUCACCUCGUCCCCACUCAUCUCCCAAGAUGAAGCUCAGGUACCUGAAGAGUGUAUUCCCAGUGGUUGAGGAGACAGUUUUGCUUGACACUCUGAGCAGUUCGGACAACAAUGUCCACCGUGCGACGCAGACGCUGCAGUCUAUGGGGUUUGACAAGCGGGCGACGCCCCCGCCAAGAGUGUGUCUUCAGAAACAAACACCUUCUACACAGUCUGCCCCCCCGGUGCCGCAGCACUCACCCCCCGCCAGGAUGAAGAGCGUGGAAGAAAAGCAAGAGAUGAAGGUUCGGCUGAGGGAAAAACACCCUGACGUAGCCGAGAGAGUUGUCUCCAUUGCUCUGGACAGUGUGGACUACGAUGAGACCAAGGCAGAUCAAAUACUGACCAUGGCUGAUGAAACGCCUCCAGCUACAGAAGACAAGAAAAAUCCCGACUCUAGUAGUGGACAUGAAGUGAUGAAGGAGAUCAUUGUAGAAGAGCCGUCUCAGCCUCCUUCUCCUGAAUCUCCUCCUGACAGUCCCUCCGGAAAGAGGAACAAGAAUAACAGAAACUCCAGAUCUAUCGACAUGACCGACUUCAGUGGUUAUCGUUCUCUGCUCACCAGACCAGCUCUGGGACCUAAUCCAAGACUUGUUCGCGGACCUGAUCAAUCAUUGUUGCUUGUGUCCCACAGGCCGGACUACGUAGCCUGGUGUGGUAGUGGGGGUUUGGCACGGGGCCCCGACCCUCUGCACUGUGAGGGGCCCUCCUCUCCUCGGGGCCCCGACCCCUCUCUACGCAAGGGCCCUCGUGCUGGACUUGCCCGAGGCAGUAUCUACUCUCAGCUUGCUGCUCUCUCAUUGGCCGAGUCUCGUGGCAAAUAGCGGUGGUGCUUCACCUUGUAAUGGACGUUAAUGAAGAACUGCAAGCCUGCGUAACUUUUGAAUAACGUAAUUAUAAAACAAUAGUUAUAAUUGUACAAAACUAUUGUUUAGGUUAUAAUUGAUAGGAAAGCUAAGUCGCUAAUUAGGAAUGUUCUUUAAAAAGGAUAGUUCAAACUAGCUUUCCUGAGAAAAAGACCAGAAGCUAAUUUACACACAAUAACAGGUCACAAAACAUUCCUUUUGGAAAAGCCUCCUUAUAGGGAAAAUAUCACAUUAAUUGUGAUCAAAAUUUGGUGGACUGUUGUGUAAUAUCAACUACUACCUGAACUUUUUUCUUAGGUAAGUUGGUGUAUCAAUUCCUUGUAAAACUUAACCCUGGUAUUUUGGCCUGAUAAAAGACUUAGAGUAGAAUGAAGAGAAAUCUCAUUUGAAGCUUUGCAAGUGUUGUCAAGUCCUGUGUAAGGACGAAAUAUCAGUAUGUUUUGUGACCUUUAGUUGUGUAUUGAUUAACCCCUGAACUCAAAUUUCCUAAGGUAAGCUAAGAUUUUCAAAAUUGGAGUACACAAGAGAAAAAUAUGUGUUUUACAUUCCUAUUCAAUACAUCUGUUUUAGUAUUAAGUACGACACGCCUCUUAACCUGUGUUCAUUUACGAUACAUUCCGCUUACUCUUUACACUACUGGAUUCUGAAAGGUACAUAUCACUGAACAGACGUAUAUUUUGUAUUUCUUCUGUACACAAAAAGAGUAAGUGAGUUUAUACACAAAGAAAAGAAGUAUUGAAAAGUGCUUCCACCGUUUGGAAAAAGACAAAAUGCAUGUUGAAUGUUUUGUUACUUCGACAUGUGAAAAUUGUUACUUAAAAGACAUACCAUUCCAGUUUCUUGCUACCUUUUUCCAAAUGACAUGGCAGGUAAAUUUGCAUGUGGCUUUCUUAUUUAAGUUUAUAUUUUAGUGCCAAAUUAAAUUAUGACCCAUCUCGUACUAAUGGUGAGAUAAGUAGAUGUAGUUUUGCUGAAAAAAAAAAUAGUAAGUAGCCUUAGGGCCAUACGAACAUGAAUAUAAUUCUAUAAAUACACCUAUAUAAAAUGCUAUGGUUGAAAUUUACUAACCCAAAGCUUGAUGGUAAGACAAGUUUGUGCUCUUUAUUUGUUGUAUAAUCUAGUCUUGCCUUAUUUUAAGCUUUGAAUGUACUUUAAUAACCUUGGUAUUUGGUAGUUGACAAACUCACACAGGUCUAGGUGAACCACUAUAAUUAUACCUGUGGCAGUUCUUAAAUUUUCUUUAACUCUAGAUUUUCCUGUCAAAGAGGAAGGUUGUUGACCUUUUGAAGUAUACAAGAUUGUGUAUCAGUAUUUUUAUUUUCUGGUGUCAUUGUCUGUUUACCACUAAAAAAACUUAUAUACAUGUCUUAACCAGGUGUUUUGUUUCUCCAUGGUUAAACAAUGUUUUGCAUUUUCUUAUUUUAGUAUUCUUUUUUAUUUAUGUUUUACAAGAUGUAUUUUGUUACGGGUUAUCAACAUUCUUAAGUUAUCAUACACGUAAGUAAAGCAUGAAUAAGUAAGUUGUGAAGUGUUUAAACAAGCUCUUUGUGAAUUGUAUUCAUAUUUUGUUUGUCCCAAGUUGAUGUCUAGUGAAAUUUUGGCAUACAGUAAUAGAAUUAGUCUCGAUUAUUCAACUUAAUUCGUCUGCAGCAAGGUUAAAUAAGCAGAGGUGUCAAUAAUUUGAAUAAUAAAAUAUAAUUUCCCACUAGAUCAUAUAAUUACCCACUAGAUCAUAUCAAAUUAUCCUCUCAAAACUACUGAUAUCGGAAAUCUGCACAAUGUAAUGUUCAUCACACUGUAGUUUUUGUGUUAGCGAUAAUUUCCCUGGAAUUUGUUUCCAAAAGACAAUAUUCUUUAUUUACAAAUUCGUAGAGAGAAUAAUACAUGCGUGAAGCAGCAAGACAAUGAGUUUCCAGAGCUUUGUCUUGAAGAGCUUGCGAGUAAGAUUUACUUAUCAUCAUUGUUAGUUUAUCUACUUUUCUGCCAAACACUAACAUUCACUUUUAAAACCACAUGAGCUAGAUACAAAAAUUGAUAAAAUAAUGUUCAUGGCAAAAAAUUGCUGCACUUUACUUUAGGUCCUACACUCAUUCGAAUGAAAAUAUCGAUCAAUAUAUCGAUUAAUCGAUCAUUUGAUAUAUCGUUUGGCUAGUUAGGUAAGGUUAACCUAACCUAACUAACCAAACGAUAUAUCAAAUGAAACAAUUGAAUAAUCGAUAUUUUCAUUCGAAUGAGUGUAGGACCUAAAGUAAAGUGCAGCCCAAAAAAUUUUAUGGCUUUUCAGAGUCCUUUGGGCAUAGAAGUUUAUAAUCUCAGUGCACUAGAUAUUUAAGCUACAAUCACUUUAGAAUUUGGAAAAAAAAUGAGAUGUUAAAUAACUCAUCAGCGGCUGUUUGAAAUUAACAAAACAUAGCUCUUAUGGCGGGUAAAUCCAAGAUGGUCGUCAUCUCAGUUGGAUAAUUGAGACUUACCAUGUUACCUUUACAGGCAUUGAAGAGAUUUUUAAAUAAGGGUUUAAGUGCAAUAAUUGAUAACAGUUACCCGACAAGCCAAAACAGAAUGCUGAUGUUAUUGAUGUAUGAUUGUUUACCCUUCCAUUACUUCACCAUUAGUGUUGUGUAACUCUUUGUUGAAUGUAUCAUGUUGUGUUUGUGUGUUAGUUUACGUUACUUGACUCUUGUAUUGUUAUGAACUUAUUGAUUAAGGUGGGGUUAAAUUCUCUCUUGCAUUAGUUCAGCAUUAGAUGGUGUGUAUAUUAAAAAGUUUUGUCAAUUAGUUCACUUGGGUCGCUACUGGUUCUAUAAACAAAAACUAAGCAAUAUCAUUUAAAAAACGGACAACUACAAUUUAAGUCGUGGAGAAAAGUAGCAUCCUCAACAUGUUUAGGGUGUACAGUUUAUACAUUUACCUAGUGAAAAUGUUGGUUUAAAUCUCUGAAAAACCUUUUAUGGUCAAAAUAUCUUUUUCCUACAGUUACCUAACUAUGUACAUGUUCUCUCACUGAUUUGAGAAAGCAAAUUGGCCAAUUCGCUCAUCAGUGAGACAAUGUUCACAUUGUCUCACUCUAAUUACUUUGUCUCACUCCAGAUUUGCAACGUGAAGGCACGAAAUAGUGAGCGCAUAACAUGCAGGCAACGUCGUAUGCGCGUGAAGUACGUUGGCAGCACUGGCUGUAAAUCAGCUGGUCAGCUGUUGUACUGUUGUAUUUGUCACUUUCACCAAUUUAUUUGUUUUAUGGUAGGCCUAACUGUAGGAAAAGUAUAAUGUGCAACUCGAGUUCAAAGUACAAUUGCCUCACUCGCCUACGGCUCGUGAAUAAGGAUUUCUCUCGAGUGAGUCAAUUGCUCACUUUUCUCACUAGUUGCACAAAUAACUAUUGGUCAUUAGUAGAAAGUUUUACAGUUGGAGUUGACCUUUUGAUUGCUAACACCAACCUAAUUAUUUGCUCAAUGUACACUUUCCCCCUUAAAUGAUAUCAUGCUGUAUCUAUAUUUUUCUAUGUAGUCUCGAUAGUUUUAAAGUUGUUCUUACAAAUUAUUUUUUCUUUAUUCACUCAGCACUAGUUUAAUCAUCACUUCGCAGUAGUUUUAAAAAUAGGUCAAUUCUUUUUUGGGUCUAUUGGUGCAAAUUUUAUGUUUUAGCAUAGAAAAACCAAUUAACUAAAAGUUGAUUAUUUUUUAGUUGUUGAAUUUUUAUUUUUUAAAUAACCUAGAAAAUUGUAUUUAGCCAAGUCAUAUAGCAAAAGUGUUUUUUUCUGCUUCUAAUUCAAUUUUAGAUCUCUAUCUUUGAAGUAGUCAUAGAUUAGAUAGGUUUCAGUACUUUUGAGCAGUUUAGAAAACUUAGAACUAUUAAGUAAUGUCCUGUUUAGUUACCAUCAUGUGUGCUGAAUGUGGGUUUGACGUUUUAGUAGGAAAUGUUCGUAGGAAAGGUCUAAAAUGUGUUUGACCAAUUUGUGAUAUCAAUAAGUCAUAAGAAUUUGUCAAACUGAGUGUCAGAGAGCUAUUUUCAUGU